CUCAGAAGGUUUAAAGUGAACCAUUCGGUGUAGCCCUUGCAGUCUAGCAUGGAUUGGAAAAUAUGUUUUAUGUUAUGCUUGGUGGGAAUAAUAACAUUGCCCAAUGACACUGACAGUGCAGGCUUUAGCAACGUCGAUAGUGUGUCUAUCCAUGAGAAUCUUGACAGAGCCGAAACUAUGGUGACCCUGUCACCAACCUGCUACAGCUGGACGACAUGCAGGGUUCUUGACAAUGACUGUUGUACCCGGGAUUCGGGCUGUCAAUCUUGUUACAAAAAUGAAAACUGCGACCACGAAUACAGAACCUGCUCGUCAUGUAGCAAAACGUUCGGAGACGCCAUGUUUGUCGUGAAUGCAAACAAACAAAUAAAUAAGUCUGAGUGUGUGGAUUGCUUGAGCGGUGGUACCUAUUAUAAUGUCACCGUCGAGUGCUCGGGUGUGGCUGGGUACAGUUCAAAUCCUGUCUCCCAAACCAUUAGGGUCUCCGUGUACUCGGAUACAGAACAGUCGUUUACGUUUUCAGGAGGUGACAGUAUAAACGUCUUUCAAAACUCCUCCGGGGAAGGCUCUGUUAUCGCAACCCUUAACGUAAAUUACAUCGAGAAUAGUCAGGAUGAAGACCGGCUGACAUACCGUCUCGAAAGCGGCCCUGGGCCCGCCUGGAUCACAGGACAUACACUUUUUGCUAUGAAUCCAUCUAAUGGUCACAUCAGCGUGAGAAAGAGUUUGGCAGACGAAUUUUCAUAUGAUGCAUUUAACAUGACAGUAUGCAUUAAAGAUCGAAGACAUCCCGAUUAUUGCCGAACCCUUCACAUUACUCUCUGGGCUUGCUUCCAGACGCCUAACUGCACCGACCAGAAUAUUCCAGAGUUAUGGGACACUCACGGUAUAGCUGGACACAGCGAUAACACUUCGCUUUUCCAGAUGAUAUAUCCGGAACCCACAUACCACUUCCCAAACUUCAGGAAUACGUGGUCUAAGCUCACGUGGACACUGGACAACGGAGGAUUUGUGGAGGCAGACAUCGAUUCUGACACUGGUGAUAUUUACCUCACGCGGAACAUCAGUAUCUGGCCCGCGUGGCCGAGCAAACACUACACGAUGACUGUGACAGUGGCCAACAGCGAGUCCUGCUACACAACCACCUGUCAAAUGGACGUCGAAGUGUUCUACACAAAUUGGCCUCCAACCAUUUGCAGCAUAAACGGAACGGGAAGCCACACAAGCCUGCACGAGGACACGGACAGUGAGACGCUCCUGCACGAGCUUCAGGUGUGUGACUAUAACUACGACAGACCUAGUGACCUUUUAGAAGUUGGAAAAGUGAACGGCAUAGAGGACAACUCUACAUGCUGGAUCGAGCAUGUCUAUGAUCAGUGGGGCGAGAACGAUAUGGAGCUUUUUACUCUUCGAGAAGAUGACCCUUCGUACACGAACAAAUGGGACUCUUAUAGGUUGUACAAAAAAGAAUGUAUCGUACCCAGUUCACCGUACAAGCCACCCUGUGGCUACAAGCGCGAGAACUACACGUGCCCGAAACACAUGGGUUGUAUGACACACAAUGUGACCCAGUCGUACAGCGUUUCAAUCAUCUGCAGAGAUGGCUAUGGGGAAAGUGACAAUAGGAACUUCACAUUCAACGUUAACUCAAAUCAAGCUCCUACAUACCUAAACCUGCCAAAUGAAAUUAUUGUGGACAUGAACGCGGCCAGUGAACACGAUAUUAUCUUUUCCACCCUGUAUCGGGACGCCGAAAAUGAGAAUCUCACUUACGAAUAUUCCUUCACCAAGGCAGAUGAUUUAUCAUCAGUGGGUUACUUCAAGGCAGACCCCAGUGGAAAUUAUUUCGAUUCACUGGGUAACAUCACUCUCACUCAGUUCCUGAAGUAUGAGCCGAAAAAUUCCACCUAUCUGAUACACAUUUGUGGCCACGAACGCCGGAACGAGAUUUGCGAAUAUCUCACUGUCCAUUUCCAUGACAAUUGUGGACCAUCCCCGUCCUGCACAUCCCAUACUUUUCCCACAAACACAGAACUGACACCAGGCACUCAACUCUUUGAUGUGUCUAGCUUGGUGACAGACCCGAGCUCGUUUACAAGCCUACAGUAUUCACUGACAGCUAAGAACAUGGAUUUGUUCCAAAUAGACGCGACAUCUGGAGCAAUAACAACAACACAGACUCUGCCAGCAAGCUACCCAUCAACAACUUACUCACUGAACGCUUUCGUGACAGACAAGUUAUCCUGCACGGCUUAUGCGGUGUGUCCUCUGACCCUUGUGGUUAACUACAUCAACUAUGAUUUAACCAUCACGAACCUUCCGGACAGUGUUAAUAUCCACGAGGAUGAGAAAACGGAGUUGACGUUGUUUACGGUUCAGACGACGGAUAACAAUACCGACGAUUCGGUCACGUGCUUGAUCACCAAUGAGGAGGACAAUAAACCAUUCUUCAUAGAGGAAACAUAUUCGGGAUCAGACGUAUGGGUAGUGAAGAACUAUGUUGCUGGGACAAACGAGGAGCGACAGUUGUCGGCAAUCAAGCAGACCUAUACCCUCAACAUCGACUGCCACGAUACCUUCGGGGCUGGGGAGUCCAAAAAUCUUACAAUUACCGUGACGCCAAACGAGGGCCCAACAUUAACAACACUAAACACAGGCGUUGUGAUCGACCAGUCUGUCGUGUUUUCUGGGGCGGUGCUUCUUACGGAGACCGCCACAGACCCAGAGAGAGACACCCUCAACUACACGUGCACUGUGAGCGACACCAACAACCCACUGACAUGUGCUAUAGACGGAAGCUUGGUUGAGAUAAAGCUACGCCGCAAUGUGAGUAUCGUGACAGAGAACGGGCGCUCAGACUCUAUAGAAGUAUGUGUGGGCGAUGCCAAACACCCCAACCAUUACUGCGCACAUCUCAAUGUCACCUUCAACACAACUCACACACAUCCCACAAUUACGAACUUACCAUUCAUACAAGAUGUGAAUGAGAACGCGGCGGUUGGGUUAACACUCUUCACGUUGACGAUAGGAGACGUUGACGUCCCUCUAGAGACACACACAAUACAGUGGUCGGUUUCCCCGGCAACAGCCACAUCAUACUUCAACGUGGAAGUACAAUCUGAUGGUGAUACGUCAACUGGUGUCGUUACGUUGUUAAGGUCACUGGAUUUUGAAAGUCUUUCUAAGUACACGCUGACGUUUACCGUAAAUGACGGAUACCUGUCAAGCCUCCAGUCUUACAUUCUGGUGUUGAACGUCACUAACGUGAACGAGGGUAACACAAUCACUGCCACAAAAACGUCUAUCACGUUUAAGGAAACAGCGAAAGUUGGUAGGAUCUUCGAUUUUGGACUACAGUGUUUGGACGAAGAUCACGAGGAGGCGUUGACUUUUUCCAUCAUAGGAGGGAAUCAUAUGGAUUAUUUUGUAUUGAAUACUACCAACCGGAAGAUUUACUUGGCGAAAGAAUGGGACCUCGAGGGAAGCGAUAACCUGCCGUCAACUGACUCUUUGACGGUGCAGUGCGAGGACGCCGGGGGUCUCUCGUCCACUGUCGAACUUACGUUUAACAUCGUAGAUGUGAACGAACAUCCUCCAUCGGUUGCCUGUACGCUGCCGAAUGGAAAUACAUGCCCCUCGACGUUGUCGGAGAUGAAAUUCGAGCUGAAAUCGGACAGUUCGAUCACAGACUCGUUACUUACUGUAACCUGCGCUGAACCCGACGGCUGUAAUUUUGACUGCGUUGGAAAUGGACUAUGCAAGAAAUACUUUCGGUUAGUUCCUAAGACAACGCGCAAGAGAUCGACUGGUGCCAGUUCGGCAGAUCUGAAACUGAAGCAAGAAUUGGAUUUUAAUUAUAACAAGGAGUUCGUUAUAACAAUUAAGAUAAGCGACCUCAACGAUCCGCCGAAGUUUACAGGGGUUUCGUUAUUGAUAAAUUACACAGCCACUCCUCCUUCACCUACCCCCGCGGUCACCAGCAAUUGUGUCACGUGUUCCUCCCAGGGACGUGUCCUGGUCGGCGUCUUGACCGUGGAGUGCAUCAUCGCCGGUCUAUUAGUCCUUCACCUGGUUUAUCACUUUGGAAUAAGACCAAGAUUUAGGUCACAAAAGACCCUCGUUAGUCCAGCGAAUAUAAGAAGGCGAGCGCUCUCCAAUAAUGGAGCAAAGAAUGCAACGUUGAACCAAAGGUCUUCUCAGAUUAAGGCUGAAACCACGUUUUCUCAGCGUAUGGAAAGGAAAACGGCGUAUGAGAGUUCCAGCUCGGAUUCGGACUCGGACUCAAGCUCUGGCACUGAAGUGAUGGCAGCAAGACCCAGCCCAGGACGAGACAACUCGAGAAAUAACCCGGUCCCGUUUCGGCCAGUGUACUCCAGUUCCGUUCCUUCCAACCGGAGGUUCAACGGAAACGAGACCUCCGCCCGUCUGCAAUCGUCCACCGGACUUCCGCCUCCUGUGUACUCAACCGCGCGGCUGCCUGGGCAACUUGAAAUGUAGCUUGAAAAAAAAACUUUCCGAACUUUGAAACUUAUUGAACUUUGUUUUUUUAUUAUAUGAAAACCUGCACUUUCACAGCCUUGACCGUUUUGACAACUUUUGUAUAUUAUUUGUCUUGGAAUGAACCAAUUUCUGCGUAAAUAUCUGCAAACCAGUGAUAAAGACUGCUGA